CCAGCUUUCUUGAGCUCAGGUCACCCAUUUGCAGAGAAUAGGACCACACUUUUGGACUCAGUCUCAUUCCCAGAGCUUUAAUUGGUUUUAUUUUCAUUGAUGGAUCCAAGAUGCUUUGAAGAUCCGUUCUCCAUUCCUGGAUGGAUUUAUGAAUUCUACAAGAUGAAUGCAUUAAGUUCCCAUUUUCCUUGAGUGAGUAAAUGGUUACCUUAGAGCUAAGGCCUCAUCUCAUAGGUCCUAUGUCAGAUGCUUAACCAACAGAGACAUGUCCAAUGACACUUGCAACCUGCCCCUGGACACCGACAUCUUUGGACUGACCUGUGUCUAUGGUGUCAUUUUUUCCUUGGGCCUGCCCAGUAACCUGUUGUCUCUAUGGGGCUUGUACCACCUUGGUCGCUCAGGUGCGGGAGGCUGUCAGCUCGUCUACAUCCUCAACCUGCUGCUGUCAGACCUUCUCCAGCUGCUAACUCUGCCCCUUUGGAUCCUGUAUCUCCAGGGCCCUCACCGCUGGCCCUAUGGCCGACUGACCUGCGAGCUGGUUGGCUACGUGUUUUAUGGGAACGUCUAUGCCAGCGUUAUGUUCCUUUGCCUGAUCGCUAUGGAUCGCUUUCUGGCUAUUGUCUAUCCACUCAGCAGCCGCAGGGUACGGACAGUAAAGGUUUCAGCUCUGUUGGGCAUAGCUGUGUGGAUCCUAACCUUUCUGUUCUGCCUGAGUGGGCUGCUGCCAUCUGUGUUUGACUCUGACCGGCUGUUGUGUCUGGAAAAGUAUCCAGUCAGCCCCAGAUAUGCUCACUUUAAGAUCAUUACUGCCGUUCUGGGCUUUCUACUGCCAUGUGCUAUUCUAGGGUACACCUCAGCACAUAUUGGGGUGACACUACGGCGGUCUCCAUCUCUCACCAACCAUGAGCGCUAUAAAAUUGUAGGGAUCUUGGUUGUGAUUACUUUCAACUUCAUAGUUGUCUUUGGACCCUACCACCUGGUGGGGGGUUACAGGUUUGUUUCCCUGCUGCGGACAGAUGACCCGUGCCCAUUUGAGCAGUCGAUUUUCUAUGUCUACCGCCUCUGCUAUGGCCUGACCAGCCUCAACACUCUCCUGGAUCCCCUUUUUUACAUCUUCCUCUGCCCUGAUGCUCGGCUAGAGCUGCAGAGAUCCCUGCCCUGUCUGAGAAGAGGACAAACCAACCAUAAGAACAUGAUGAUGAGUACCAGACUCCACCUGGACAAACUGAAGGAGAACGAAAACAGACAUAACUUUGUAACUAUUUAAACUGGACAGACCAUGUAUAAUCAGAUUUUAAAUCAAGGCGAUGGCGCCAUCUGCUGGAUAAUUGCAUUUUCUUGCUCUUUUAAUUUGAAAAACAAUUUCUGUUUCCUUAAAAAAAACAUAAAUAAGCACCUGUAAAGUACAAAAAAUGUGUGAAAGGAUGUUUAACUUUGUUCCUCUAAUACAGUUAUUGAAUGCAAUACGGGGUUUUCUGUCAUGAGUGACCUCUUAAGGGUCACAUCACUGCACUUUAGUUUGAGCUUGACCAGUCCACUCCAAAACAUUCUUAUAGAUGGAUUAGAAGUGGACUUACUGGUUUUUAUUUAUUGUUCUGUUACAAAAAAUAAGCACCUAAGUUUAAAGUCAGAAAGUGAUGAUCUUGACAUUCUCCUUAGGAAUUUUCUUCAGUUGAGCCGAAUUCAAGACCCUAUCACUUUCGCCAAAUUGUCCUGAAGUAGAAAAGGUGACAUAUCAUCAUACUUCAACCAAAAUCUUUUAAUAUUGGCAUAGUGUUCCUUUUCUCAAGUGCUGUUUGUUUUACAGUUUACAAAAAACAAAAAUAUUUUAUUAUUAUUAUUAUUAUUCAAUAACUCUCCAUGAUUAUCAAGAAGUUUAGGAAACGUUUCUUCUCAGGCUCUCUUUUUAAUUAUUCAAUCACGAACCUCAACCGAUUAACUGAGGCAGAGCUGAAGAUGUUCCGGGUUCUUUUGUGACGUCCUGGACGAGUCACCGCUAUGUUCUUGGAGUAAGCUGGAAACUUAAGAGAAGUUUAAUAGCUUUUCCAUGUUUUCUUUUUAUUUUGUGGAUAUUUGCUCCCACUGUGGUGCACUGGAACCCCAGACUUCGGAAAUGGCUCUGUAAUGUUUCUAGAAUGAUGCAUAUUUUGAGCUUUCUUUAUCUGGUUUUAAAUGUAUCUAAAUCAAUGCAUAAAGUUCUGCUCUUUGAGAUCACUAAGACAACUUCAUGUAUUCAAACAGACUCCAUGUCAAGGGGUUUCUUAAUUCUACAGAUCUGCAUGCAAUAACACAUGGAUAGAAGUUAAAGUUAACUUAUGUUUGAUUGAUAUUUUGUAGGAUUAAGAGGGUACAUAAGAGAAGGACUGAACUAUAAAGUCAGAAUCCAUAGCAAAUGGUAAAUAAAUACUUACCUGUGUUUUUUUUUUUUUUUUGGUUGAAUGGAAAAAGAUAUUUUCAUUAAAUAUUUUGUUGCUAGUUCUAAAUUGUACUUGUUGGUUGUUACUUGUUUGUAAAGAGUGUCCAAAAAUGACUGUGCAAACACAACUGAGACUGCUGACAUGAUGCUUUUACAGCAGCGUGGCAAUGAGUGGUGCUUUCCUGCAGCAUCCUCCACUCUGCUUUACAGACAUUUGUUUUCUCCAUUAUUUUUCUCUUCCACAUUAAAGAACAUCAAUUUAGGGUUAACUAUUUAAGGCUCUUGCAUGAGGACUCUUAUCACUCUGGGUCCAUAAGCAAGAUCCUAUAUACUAUUAAGGGAUAUUCCUCUUUCUCUAAAUAAAAUGAAUUAUUUGUGGUUGGAUUUUGUGUGUUGUAUGUUACAUUAAAAGAAAUCCACGCUUCACUUUUUUUAAUACAGAUUUAUACAUGUAAUUAGCAACAAUGAAAAAUAUGAACAUACCAUGAAUGAGAAUAAGUUUUACAUUACAAAUCAUUACAAGGAGGUCAACAUACUUAAUAAAAAAUGCAAAAGAGGUUGGUUGCAUGAGCACUUUCAGGCACUGAUAAGAUGUAUGAUGGGACAACAUAGGCGUCUUUGACCUGUGGCUGUCUGUAC